AUUUGGAGUCGUUCGUUCGUCCACUGGAUUUCAACGUGGGGAAAGAGGUCGUUGGGGAGGGACCCAAAGGCAGACAAUCGCAACCCUGUCAGCCUUUCCUUUGAGGCUCAUUUUUCUUCCUGUCGAAAUGCAUACUUAUUCAAUAUAUCUUCUCUUCAUCUCGUUAUUCGCACGUCAAUCAGCAUCAAUGCCCUUCUUCUAUCGUCGCGAGACAACACCCUGCUUCCUUACUGGCUCGAAUCCUCUCCCCACCGAAAUCCAAGUAGCCGCCAAUGCCUUCGCAUCCAGUAUAACAUGCGACUUUUCCCGCCGGACAAUCGGCAACGUCCCUGAUGUUAGCACCUCCACACAAUCCUUCUCCAACAUAAACUUCGUAUCCUCCUCCACCCCUUUACGAUUCGCGCUAGAUAACUUCGCAACAGCGACUCCACUUUCGGCAUCUAGUCUACGGAUAUUAGAGCAGCAGCUGGAGGUGUAUAUAGCAACGGAAGCGGGGGUUAGGAGUGAGGGUGGGGAUCUAGCGAUUGAGGUGCCGAAAUUCUUUCUCGCGAUGCAGGUUGCAAGGGUUAAGACAGCGUUGGGGAUCGAGAUUCCGGGGUGGGAACAGUCGGUGGAGUAUCUUGUGGACAAAGUUUUGGAGACUGCGAAGGGAGAGGAAAGGGGGUUGUUGGAUCAGGUUGUUGGGUUGGGGAUGGUAUGAAUUGAGGAGAGAAGGGGUUUGAUAAUAUAUCAGGGGUGGAAGAUGAGAUUGAAGAGAGGGGCUGGUUAGGUAUAGGAUAAGAGGAG